AUGGUUGAGAUUCGAGGUAAGAGGGGCAGGAAGGUACCCAUGAUUUUGAUACCUGAGGUGAAAGAAAGCAUUGAUCUCAGUUAUGAAGUUUGUUUCCUCCUGUAUGAAUAUACGUGAUUCAUUGUUAGUAAUGUAACUGAAUUUUUCUAGAUUAUUAUUAGUGCUAUUUGUUUAAUAUUUUGAUUGUCAUAUGCAUGCUUCUGCUAUACUGUAAAAUGAUGCGGUCAUGCAAAUAAAGCAACUUAUUACUUACUUACAAGACAAGGCAAGCUGUGGGAAUUCCUGAUGAAAACCCGUUCAUUUUUGCCAGAUCAAGCAGACUGUCGCUGGAGCACAUGAGAGCAUUGGAUUGCCUGCGGAAAUUUGCUACAGAGUGUGAAUCACCUCUCUCAAACACCACAAAUAUAACAAGUACCAAACUCAGGAAGUACAUUGCAACCAUUUCGCAAGUACUGUCUCUCAAAGAAACUGAGGUAGACUGGCUUGCAAGACACUUUGGUCACGAUAUCCAAGUACAUAGGGACUUCUAUCGUCUACAUGAAUCCACCAGUGAAAUUGCGAAAGUGAGCAAGUUACUUUUAACCAUUGACCAAGGGGAAACAAAAAAAAUUGCCGGAAAAUCGCUGGCUGAAAUUGAUUUAAAUGGUUAGUUGAAGAUGGUGGUGAGGUGAAAAUUUCAUAUCUAAUUAUUUUUGUCUUGUUCUUCCAUUUCUAUUGUUCAUCACAGCAACAAAUUACACAUUUUGGAAUAAAUAAAUAAUGCGUGCACUGCACAAGUAAUUUAUGUACACAUCUCAACUUGAAACGCAUUUUCCUGAAGAAAUCAGAGGAUAAAAGAUCAAGGAACACCACAAAAAAAAUUGUGCAGUGUCUUUCAAAAGAGCAUUUUUUUCUACCAUCAACAAUGUUUCAAAAUACUUCAAGCAUGUCAAACUUCUUUCCAGGGUUUAUUACACUUUCUGGGGACAUGCUGAAACAAAUACUUAUGGGGACUUUUUGCUAUUGCCAUCAUCCUUCAGGAUAUUAUUAA